AUGGUGAUUGGUCGCUAUGGUCAACAUGGAGCGCUUGUUUUUAUAAUAGUAUGGGUAUAUGCCAGGAAUCAAGAACCCGAUCAUGUAACAACCCCGAACCAAAGUAUGGCGGGAAAAAUUGUUCAGACGAAGCAACAGAAACAUAUAAUUGCACAACCUGUCCAGUUAAUGGUCAAUGGUCGACUUGGUCUAGUUGGGGCAAUUGUGUUUAUAGUAUGCGUUUAUGCCAGAAAUCAAGAAGUCGCUCAUGUAACAAUCCUGAACCCAAAUAUGGCGGGAAUAAUUGCACAGGGGAAGGGACAGAAAAUACAAAUUGCACAAGCUGUGCAGAGCCCUGCGUCAGUGACUGCACUUCCAAGCCAGAUGGAGACUAUCAAUCAUGUACGAAAUGCGAGAAAUUCGCCCAAUGCCAAAAUGGAACUUUGGUUGAAAAGGACUGUCCAGGUGGUUUAUUCUGGGAUGACAGUAAAAAAAGAUGUGAAUUCAUAUCUACAACAUGCAGUAUCGUUCCUACAUCGUAG